AUGCACAUCAUCACCCUCUGCAUUUUCCUAGCCAUCACCGUGGUGGCCUGUGCUGGCGCCCCGACCCCAGUGCGCCCAAACCUGCCAGAAACCUUCGAGUCCUCUGGCGUCGUGGCGAUCAGGAACGGCACCAAAGGCUUACCGACCGGCAAGUCCCUUCACAUCCUCACGUUCGACAACCCCGACAACAACAUCUACGAGCUGCAGAGGUAUGACCAGGGCUGGACUUACACCGUCACCAACACCGGCGGCAGGCGUGUUUGCCACGCCAAACGCACGGAAGGAAAAGCGAUGCCCCCGAUGUGGGCCUGGGUAGAGAAGGCUUCUUUUCUCCAGGUCUACAAUGACACGAAUAACAAUGUUUUCAAUAUGUGGAAGUACCAACCAAGCGCUAAUGAAUACCUGGAGGUUGCUGUCCCGGUGAGCCAACCCAACGUCCUGGGCUACUACUGGGCCUUCUCGCCCUUCCCUGGCCCCAGCUACACCUACCAGGCAGACCAGUUCUCGCCCACCAACCCGGCCAGCUCUCGUUUCGAUGUUCCGAAGGAGUGCGGCCAACAUUCCCACAAGCCAGUCAACAUCAACUAA